AUGGGGCAAAUCGCUCAGCAACUAGCUUCGAGUUCUCAAGCACAAGGUACUUUACCUAGUGCAACCGUGACAAAUCCUAGAGAGCAUAAUAAUGUGAACUCGGUGACAACACGUGAAAUUCUAGUAUCAGAUAUGAGAUGUCGAAGGGAUGGAGGAGAUCUUGGGAAGAGGACAACUGUUGGUGUGGUGACUAACAAUGCUGGUGGUUUCGGUGCUGCCACAAGCGGUAGACCAGGUCUAGUGGGCAAUAAUUUGAAAGACAGUCUGUUUCCUCCUUUCUUUGGGGCUGAGGAGGAUAGCGAGGAGGAUAGGGAAGCGGAUCAAUUCUCUAUGCUUAAUGAACCAUUUGGUCAGUAUGGUGUCCAACCGCCAAAUAAGGAAAUUCAGUUGCUGGCAGAGAAGAUCAGAGCUUUAGAGAGUCAUGCUACUCCGGGAAAUAAGAAAAAAGGGCAACAUGAGAAAAACUUUGAAAAAUUCUUAGAGUUGUUCAAGAAGCUGGAAAUUAACAUUCCGUUGUUGGAGGCACUUGAACAAAUGCCUACGUAUGCCAAGUUCAUGAAGGAUAUCAUUUCUAAGAGGCGUGUCACCGACACUAACCAAAUUAUUCUAACCGAAACUUGUAGUGCUAUUUUGCAGGGUAUAAAGAUUCUGAUAAAGAAAAAGGAUCGAGGAGCUGUCACUAUUCCAUGUAUUAUUGGAGAUAGGUCGUUCAACAAAGCUCUUAUUGAUCUGGGAGCUAGUGUGAGUCUCAUGUCGUUAUCUAUUUACAAGAAGCUUGGUAUAGGGGUUGUGCAAAAUACCAGAAUGACACUCCAAUUCACCGGUCAUUCGGUCAAGAAACCGUAUGGCAUUGUUGAAGAUGUUCUGGUGAAAAUUGAUAAGUUUGUAUUUCCGGUGGAUUUUGUAAUUCUUGAAAUGCCGAUAGAUAAAGAGAUCCCACUCAUUCUGGGAAGACCCUUUUUGGAGACGGGACGGUGCUUCAUAAACAUAGAAGAAGGAACAAUGACACUGAAGGUUUAUGAUGAGGAAUUGAAAAGCGAUGUUCGAAACACCAUGAGGUACAAGAAUGAUAUUUGUACCAGUCAUACUAUAGAGGUUCUGGAUCAGGUGACGACAUAUGAUAACCCUUUGCAUACACCCCAGUCACCUUUGGAAAGAGUGUUAAGUUUGUCCAUUUUCGAGUCGGAUAAAGAGGUGGACGACGGGGAAUCUGAAGUGCUUGCCUUGUUGGACGCACAAACCCCGUGGAAAGGAUCUCGACCACGCCGGUGGGAGGAUUUACGCAUACCUCAAUCUAGUGAGGAGAAUGAAGAACCUAAGAAGGAAACAGAGUUGAAACAACUUCCUGACAAUCUCAAAUAUGUUUUUCUCGAACUUGAAGGAAAAUGUCCUGCUAUAAUAAACUCAAGCCUUCAGAAUAUCCAAGAAGAAAAGCUCAUCCAAGUCUUGAAAAAGUACAAAAAUGCUAUUGGAUGGGCAAUUGAGGAUUUGAAGGGUAUUAGCCCUACUGUGUGCAUGCAUAAAAUUCUCAUGGAAGACGACCACAAACCGGUAGUCCAACCACAGAGGAGACUCAAUCCGGCAAUUAAGGAAGUGGUUCGGAAAGAAGUGGUAAAAUUAUUGGAUGCAGGUCUUAUAUAUCCCAUUUCUGAUAGUCUGUGGGUGAUCCCGGUGCACGUUGUCCCUAAAAAAGGGGGGACCACCGUAAUAAGGAAUGAAAAAAAUAAGCUAAUUCCCACGCGGACAAUAACCGGGUGGCGCGUUUGCAUUGAUUACAGAAGGUUGAACACAACAACUAGGAAGGACCAUUUUCCUUUUCCAUUUAUUGACCAGAUGCUGGAGAGGUUAUCCGGGCAUGACUACUACUGUUUUUUAGAUGGAUACUCCGGGUAUAAUCAGAUUGUUGUAGCGCCGAAAGACCAAGAAAAGACGGCAUUCACAUGCCCGUAUGGUGUUUUUGCUUACCGAAGAAUGCCAUUUUGGUUGUGUAAUGCUCCUGCCACCUUCCAAUGGUGCCAGAAACCGAACCUAAUUCUGAAUUGGGAGAAAUGUCACUUCAUGGUGCGUGAGGGAAUAGUGUUCGGUCACAAAAUUUCUUAUAAGGGAAUUGAAGUUGACCAAGCAAAAGUGGAAGUGAUCUCUAAACUCCCACCCUCGGUGAAUGAGAAGGAUAUUAGGAGUUUCUUAGGACACGCAGGUUUUUACCGCAGGAAGUAUUUGUUGGGAUCAAAGGUUGUAGUGUAUACGAAUCAUGUCACUUUGAAGUAUCUGUUUGCAAAGCAAGACUCUAAGCCGAGAAUCCUUAGGUGGAUCCUACUCCUCCAAGAAUUUGAUGUCGAGAUUCGAGACAAAAGAGGAUGUGAAAACACAGUGGCGGAUCAUUUAUCCCACAUGUCACCUAUUGAAGAAAUAGAAGAAAAGAGACCAAUAAAGGAUGAGUUCGCUGGUGAACACAUCCUCGCUGUUAUCGGUAUCCCGUGGUUCGUAGACUACGCAAAUUAUUUGGUGGGGGGUAUAAUCCCCAACGAUUUUGAUUCUAACAAAAAGAAAAAGUUUGUUCAUGAUUGCCGGUUUUACUUGUGGAAUGACCCAUUCCUAUACAAAAGAGGAGUGGAUGGGUUGGUCAGAAGAUGUGUCCCGGAGGAGGAGCAAACGGAUGUACUUAGAGCUUGUCAUGAUUCAGACUAUGGAGGACAUUUCAGUGGGGACCGAACAGCAGCCAAAGUUCUUCAAUCAGACUUCAUGGGGCCAUUUCCACCAUCCUGUGGGAAAAAUUACAUCUUGGUAGCAGUUGACUAUGUAUCCAAGUGGGUGGAAGUUCUGGCAUUACCCACCAAUGACGCUAAAGUGGUGGUGACAUUUCUGAAGAACAAUAUCUUUUCGAGAUUUGGGGUGCCAAGAGCACUUAUCAGUGAUGAAGGCACUCACUUUUUGAACAAACUGAUGGAGAACCUGCUGAAGAAGUUUAAUGUUAAACAUAAAAUCACCACUCCGUAUCAACCUCAAAUGAGUGGCCACUAG